GCUAUGCAUACAAUAUAACCAGUAUGCCAGACUAGACGUUGCAUGCAGGCGGGCUAUUGCGCCUAUCUCGUAUAGCAUCGCCUCUGGUUCCAUUGCUACUUUACAUAAGGUGUAAAUUCAUCCUUUAGGGAUGGUUUAGGUUCAGGGUUCUAAGCUCGCAAGUUCAACGCUCUCGUCGAUUCUCUCUAGAAAACGAGCAGCUAGGUGGGUAGUCAUGGCAGAAGCCGUGGGCCUUGGCCUGAGCGCGAUUGCGUUAAUCGGUGUUUUCAAAGACUGCAUCGAUUUAUUUUCUUUCAUAACUGCUAGUCAAAAUCUUGAAAGCGACUACAAAAUACUGAACACGAAAUUAGAUGUCGAAAAGACUCUGUUAUUGCAAUGGGCAGACAGAGUAAAGCUCGCAGAUUCAACUUGGGACUCUCGCCUAGACAAUCUAGCGAUUCGAAAGGAUGUAGAAGACGUUCUUUUGAAUAUUUAUGAGCUUCUAUCCGCGUCCGAUAAAGUCCGUAAACGAUACGGCCUGGUGGAGUCUAAUGCCGGAGAUCAUCAAGUUUCGCCUACUAUUAGUAGCCCGCGCGCGACGGAUUUCAUUUUUCGGUUCAAAAGAUUGACAUUGCAAUCAAAUCGAGAGGGGGCGCGCCGAGUUUCCAAAUCAAAGAGGAACAAAAUUCUCUGGGUCAUCCGAGAUAAGGGCAAAUUUGAGAAAUUACUUAACGAUGUCUCAUACUUUGUGUCGAGACUAAAUGAACUGCUGCCUGAUACCCCAGAGACCACUGCUAGUAUGAUGAAGGAUGACAUACGACUCAUCCGGUCAAUAGAACGGCUGCAACUGAUAAUCGACUCCAAGCCUAGGGAUGGCGUCGUCACUCUCGCAAAGGAGAGGGUCUGUGAACUACGAAUUUUGGACAUAAUCGGGUAUCAAAGCAUGAACGACAGACAGCACAAUGUCUCCCAACCACACAAAUACACGCUUCACUGGGCGUUGGAACCCAGUAAGACAACAGGAAUAUGCGACAAUAUCUCUCAGUGGCUUCGCACGGGAUCAGGUACCUACUGGCUAGGCGGGAAGGCCGGGAGUGGGAAGUCUACUUUGAUGAAGUUCAUAUAUGAUCAUGAUAAAACUAAGUCGAUCAUUGAGGAAUGGGCUGGAGACACGCCGUGGGUAAUGGCUAGUUUUUUCUUCUGGAACAUCGGCAGCGAGGAGCAAAAAUCUCAAAAGGGUCUUGUCAGGGCACUAUUAUACCAGGUUCUUGACUCAAAGCCAUCCCUCAUAAAGGAGCUGUUGCCGAGAAUGUGGGAAGGAAUCUAUGACCGGGGUGAUAUCUCACCACUCCCUAAUGAGGAAAUGGAAGAGAUAUUUACAAAAUUGGCUCGGCGCCAAGACUCUAUGAAAUUCUGUUUUUUCAUUGACGGUCUAGACGAAUUCGCGGGGAAUUAUAUGGACGGUAUAUCGUUUAUCAAAACUCUUACUAGCGGUGGUAACAUGAAAGUUAUUGUGUCCAGUCGACCGGAACCCGCCAUGGAAGCGGCUUUCUCAAAAUAUCCGAAGCUUCGCAUGCAGGAUUUGACAAGGAAAGAUAUCAUAGCAUAUAUUCAGGAUGUCAUUGGAGACCACGAAUAUAUGACGGCACUCCAAUUAGCUGAUCCAAAGGAAACCGGUCGGAUUAUUAAUGAGUUGGUUGAGAAGGCUUCGGGAGUAUUUUUAUGGGUAGUAUUGGCGUGUCGCUCUCUUCUCGAUGGAUUCGCCGCAUUUGACCGUAUAUCGGAGUUACGCCGCCGCGUGGACGAGCUACCACCGGAGUUAGACAACCUAUUCAAACUGAUGUUACUGAGAGUAGAUUCCCGGUACCGCAGACAGACGGCUAAAUUCCUCAAAAUUUGCUACCAUGGCCACUUGAUGCUUCGAACAAAGAAAAUACCUGCCCUAGGACUCUCCUUGGUUGAUGAACAUGACUUUGAUCUAACCCAGAUGCCAUCUUAUGAAUUUUACAGCAACGAACAGCGCCGAGCAAAAUGCCUACUCCUUGAAGGACGCCUUCGAAGUCGAUGCGGUGGCCUCCUUGAAUUCUCGCGCCCUACAUCAAACGAUUCCAUGUUUUGUUUCUGCCAAGCGCUUACGCAUGAGACCGAAUGCAACAUUGUAUAUGAUUGUAAAGCGCAUGACACAAAUAUUGAUGCGAACGUGGAGUUUAUGCACCGAACGGUGUUCGAAUUCUUAGACAAUCUGGAGGUAUGGGAUCUUGAAUGUUUGCAGAUUGAUGAUAGCACAUUCUGCGCCGCCGCAGUACUAUCCGCUAUGUCGCUCCAUUCAGCCCAGUUAGCAGGGAAGAGCGGCGUCCUCAAUUACAUGCGUGACGUAUUUCUCUGUGCAGCUCGUGCAGACCAAGAAAUUCCCGAUUCCAUACUACCCGUAUUUUGGAAGUUCGCGGAUUUUUUCAAUCUCCUGAAAGACUCAAUGUCCAAGGAUCUAGGUAUCGACUUCCUUCAACCGUGGGUUCAUGAGUUAAAGCUGGUACCACCCACUGUCAUUGUCGCGGUUGAACUCGGCAUGGUGAACUUUCUUCGGCAUUAUGAUAAUCGUAAAUAUCUCUCGCCGCACCCCCAGCGCGCAGGUAUCUCUCUACUUUAUCAUGCCGUGAGCAGAUCCUUUUCUAAUUAUAUUACAAUAAGCGAGGACUGCUUGAAGGAUUUACCAGUCUCGACAUCAAUGGUACGAUUUCUCAUCGACGAGGGAUGCAGUCCAAACGAGACGCCGGAACCCAUGGGUCGUACGGCUUUUAGAAGCACACCUUGGAUACGCUGGUUGAAAGAAUUGAAGGGCAUCUCGACCUCAGAUCCGUCCGCUAUCAUUCAGAUGGCGGAUGUUACUGAGGAGUUCCUCCGCGCCGACGUAGAUAUGAGCGCAGUCAAUGAAGUCCUUGGGAAGACUCUUGAGAUGUGGAUUACCCAAAAACUCACUAACUUCUCGGGAUUCGGAAAGCCUGCGGGGAGGGUACGGGAGAGGGGGCGUCAGCUCUUAGAAUUUCUUCAAAAACGACAACAGUCUGUUGAAAAACCACACGCUUCCACGCCUAUUCCGAACGGUUCCUUAACGCUAGAGGCAAUUUCGCAGAAGCGUUCUCUUCCAGAAGACGGCAACGCGAUUCUAACAACAGGGAAACAUCGGAGACUAGGUUAAGGAAUUGAUAGGUAGGAUUGGUGGCUUCGGCCGCUUUUUCUUUUUCUCGAAGUGGCGUAAAACGUGGCUUGUAAGGGGUCCGAGAGCGGUGAACAUCCCACUCUCCUUCAGCGCUUGUGAAGACGAUAUUGUGUACUAUUGGCGUCUACUGGUGAGGACUGCAUGAUCUUGUCGACGCGGUUCGCUUUAUCAGGUGGCGGUUCUCGGGACACCUAUGCUGUACUCGCGCGAUCGCGAGGUCUUCGGUAUUUCUAGAGCCGUCCAGCCGUCCCAUGCAUUGUUGAUCGUAAUUACAGAUUCUGUCAGCCAACUAGAGCGGACGAUAGCCAGCCCAACCCCGCC